GAGAUGCACAGGCAAGUGACAGUCUACGCGUGUGUAUUUGCGUUGGGGUAUUUAAAAGAAUGUUUUACCUCUAACAUUGCUGUCCGACUUGUUGAAGGGACGAGUGAAAAUGAAGGUCGAUUAGAAGUGAACAGGUUGGGGAGUUGGGGAACAGUGUGUGAUAAUAAUUUGAACGAUAAACUGGCAGUUGUGGUGUGUCGAUCUUUAGGCUUGCCUUGGGCAACAGCUGAGGCCUAUGGCGGUGCUGUACAUGGUCAAGGAUCAGGUACAAUCUGGUUAGACAAUGUUUACUGUAUAGGAUCUGAGUCAAAUAUUGGAGAGUGUAGUCACAGACCCUGGGGGUUUAACAACUGCAACCAUGGUGAGGAUGUAUCCAUCAACUGCUUGCCAAAUGAUACUGCUGUCCGACUUGUUGGAGGAACGACUGAAUAUGACGGUCGAUUAGAAAUUUACAAACUUGGAAGAUGGGGAACAGUGUGUGAUAAUAAUUUGAACCAUAACCUGUCUGUUGUGGUGUGUCGAACAUUGGGCUUGCCUUGGGCAACAUCAGAGGCCUAUGGCGGUGCUGUAUUUGGUCGAGGAUCAGGUACAAUCUGGUUAGACAAUGUUAACUGCAUUGGAUCUGAGUCCAAAAUUGAAGAGUGUAGUCACAGUCCCUGGGGAUCUAACAACUGUAACCAUGGAGAUGAUAUAUCCAUCAACUGCUUGCCCAACAAUACUUUUGUCCGACUUGUUGGAGGAACGACUGAAUAUGAAGGCCGAUUAGAGGUUUACAGAUCGGGAAAAUGGGGAACAGUGUGUGAUGAUGGUUUAAAUGAUACACUAUCUGUUGUGGUGUGUCGAUCAUUAGGCUUACCUUGGAAUGCAUCAAAAGCCUAUGGUAGUGCUGCAUCUGGACAGGGUACUGGUCCUAUCUGGUUGGACGACGUCAAAUGUCUGGGAUCUGAGACAGGCAUUGAGGAAUGUAGUCACAAUCCCUGGGGGUCUCAUAACUGUAACCAUGGAGAGGAUGUCUCCAUCAGCUGUUUCCCGUCAACAGACAUUGCUGUCCGACUUGUUGGAGGGACGAGUGAAAAUGAAGGUCGAUUAGAAGUGAACAGGUUGGGAAGAUGGGGAACAGUGUGUGAUAAUAAUUUGAACGAUAAACUGGCAGUUGUGGUGUGUCGAUCUUUAGGCUUGCCUUGGGCAACAUCUGAGGCCUAUGGCAAUGCUGUACAUGGUCAAGGAUCAGGAGCAAUCUGGUUAUACAAUGUUAACUGCAUCGGAUCUGAGUCAAACAUUGCAGAGUGUAGUUACAGUCCCUGGGGAUCUAAUAACUGUAACCAUGGAGAUGAUAUAUCCAUCAACUGCUUGCCCAAUAAUACCUUUGUCCGACUUGUUGGAGGAACGACUGAAUAUGAAGGUCGCUUAGAAGUUUACAAAUUUGGAAAAUGGGGAACAGUGUGUGAUGAUGGUUUAAAUGAUACACUAUCUGUUGUGGUGUGUCGAUCAUUAGGCUUACCUUGGAAUGCAUCAAAAGCCUAUGGUAGUGCUGCAUCUGGACAGGGUAUUGGUCCUAUCUGGUUGGACGACGUCAAAUGUCUGGGAUCUGAGACAGGCAUAGACAAGUGUAGUCACAGUCCCUGGGGGUCUCAUAACUGUAACCAUGGAGAGGAUGUCUCCAUCAGCUGUUUCCCGUCAACAGACAUUGCUGUCCGACUUGUUGGAGGGACGAGUGAAAAUGAAGGUCGAUUAGAAGUGAACAGGUUGGGAAGAUGGGGAACAGUGUGUGAUAAUAAUUUGAACGAUAAACUGGCAGUUGUGGUGUGUCGAUCUUUAGGCUUGCCUUGGGCAACAUCUGAGGCCUAUGGCAAUGCUGUACAUGGUCAAGGAUCAGGAGCAAUCUGGUUAUACAAUGUUAACUGCAUCGGAUCUGAGUCAAACAUUGCAGAGUGUAGUUACAGUCCCUGGGGAUCUAAUAACUGUAACCAUGGAGAUGAUAUAUCCAUCAACUGCUUGCCCAAUAAUACCUUUGUCCGACUUGUUGGAGGAACGACUGAAUAUGAAGGUCGCUUAGAAGUUUACAAAUUUGGAAAAUGGGGAACAGUGUGUGAUGAUGGUUUAAAUGAUACACUAUCUGUUGUGGUGUGUCGAUCAUUAGGCUUACCUUGGGCAACAUCUGAGGCCUAUGGCGGUGCUGUACAUGGUCAAGGAUCAGGUACAAUCUGGUUGGACGAUGUUUACUGUAUAGGAUCUGAGUCAAAUAUUGGAGAGUGUAGUCACAGUCCCUGGGGGUCGUACGACUGCAACCAUGGUGAGGAUGUAUCCAUCAACUGCUUGCCAAAUGAUACUGCUGUCCGACUUGUUGGAGGAACGACUGAAUAUGAAGGUCGAUUAGAAAUUUACAAACUUGGAAGAUGGGGAACAGUGUGUGAUAAUAAUUUGAACCAUAACCUGUCUGUUGUGGUGUGUCGAUCAUUGGGCUUGCCUUGGGCAACAUCAGAGGCCUAUGGCGGUGCUGUAUUUGGUCGAGGAUCAGGUACAAUCUGGUUAGACAAUGUUAACUGCAUUGGAUCUGAGUCUAAAAUUGAAGAGUGUAGUCACAGUCCGUGGGGAUCUAACAACUGUAACCAUGGAGAUGAUAUAUCCAUCAACUGCUUGCCCAACAAUACUUUUGUCCGACUUGUUGGAGGAACGACUAAAUAUGAAGGCCGAUUAGAGGUUUACAGAUCGGGAAAAUGGGGAACAGUGUGUGAUGAUGGUUUAAAUGAUACACUAUCUGUUGUGGUGUGUCGAUCAUUAGGCUUACCUUGGAAUGCAUCAAAAGCCUAUGGUAGUGCUGCAUCUGGACAGGGUACUGGUCCUAUCUGGUUGGACGACGUCAAAUGUCUGGGAUCUGAGACAGGCAUAGACAAGUGUAGUCACAGUCCCUGGGGGUCUCAUAACUGUAACCAUGGAGAGGUUGUCUCCAUCAGCUGUUUCCCGUCAACAGACAUUGCUGUCAGACUUGUUGGAGGGACGACUGAAUAUGAAGGUCGAUUAGAAGUGAACAGGUUGGGAAGAUGGGGAACAGUGUGUGAUAAUAAUUUGAACGAUAAACUGGCAGUUGUGGUGUGUCGAUCAUUGGGCUUGCCUUGGGCAACAUCAGAGGCCUAUGGCGGUGCUGUAUUUGGUCGAGGAUCAGGUACAAUCUGGUUAGACAAUGUUAACUGCAUUGGAUCUGAGUCUAAAAUUGAAGAGUGUAGUCACAGUCCCUGGGGAUCUAACAACUGUAACCAUGGAGAUGAUAUAUCCAUCAACUGCUUGCCCAACAAUACUUUUAUCCGACUUGUUGGAGGAACGACUGAAUAUGAAGGUCGCUUAGAAGUUUACAAAUUUGGAAAAUGGGGAACAGUGUGUGAUGAUGGUUUAAAUGAUACACUAUCUGUUGUGGUGUGUCGAUCAUUAGGCUUACCUUGGGGUGCAUCAAAGGCUUAUAGUGAUGCUUCGUAUGGACAGGGCUCAGGUCCUAUCUUGUUAGACGAUGUUAAAUGUACUGGCUCUGAGUCCAGAAUUGAGGAUUGUAGUCACAGUCCCUGGGGUUCUCACAACUGUGGCCAUGGAGAAGAUGUCUCUAUAAAAUGUGUCCAAUCCAGAGGUGAUACACCUGGUAGAGUUGAAGCCAAACAGGAAUGGAUGUAUGGAGCCAAUGCAAUUAUCCUUAUAUCAGUCCUGUCGAUUCUUUUGGGCUUGACAUGGCUAACCAUAGCAGUCUUUGUCGUGUAUAAAAAACGUCGUUCGAAUUUACACCAAAGCAAUACACAUGGCACACAAGGUUUCCAGUUAGAGGUACAGAGCUUGACACAACAUAAUGACGAUGCCGAUCAGACUAACCCAGAAAACGUCUAUUCAGCACUGGGUAUGACAUGUCAGGAAUCUUCUGAAACCCCUUAUGAGGAAUUGAAAAUAUAAAGUGACUUAUGCAUAAAAACCUUUCAGAAUAAUUUUUUUUUACUUAUUUCAUUUUUUUUAAUCUUUUUAUAAAUUCAUGAUUUACAUGUGUUUUAUUUUUAUUUAUUAAUUAUACCAACGAGCGUAUAUUAAAGCUAUAGAUAAAUUGUACAUUAUUAUGAAGUAUUCAUUUUAGUGCACCUUAGUUGAAUUUUAGUAAAAGAUUGGUCUGAUUCCAUAGUCAUUGUAUGCAGCGCAAAUAUUAAAAAUAUUAUCCGUGGCUCUAACAUUUUGAAAUGUAAUCCUUUGUUUGACGUCACAUAGCUGGGCCAAUCUUCGUUCAAUUUUUUUUUUUUAAUUAUGAAGUUUAAAUUUGUUUAUUUGAAGAGCAUUGCCUACUAAAUAAACAGAAACUUAAGUAGGAUAGGCAUGUUAAAAGUUUGCAUUAUUCAUACAUAGAUAUAUAUAUAUAAAGUUUUAUUCAUAUAUUGUAGAUUGUAGAAUCUAUUUUGUUUUCUUAUUACGACCCCCCCCCCCCAAGUACAAUAACCGAAACCCUACAAGCAAUGUUAAGUUUACAUUUACACCGGACACAUGCUGGUGUAAUACAAGGAAUUUUGUUUGAAAUGACCAAUCAUGAGGCAACGAGUUUGUGUGUUCAUGGGUUUGGUUUAAAGAUUCCUCCUUUGACGAUUUUGUUGCGCUUAAUUUCUUGAUUCUUGACAAAAUUUUAUGUUGUUUCAGUUUAUCCCUGUUAUUUCUAAUGGUAUAUGUACCCUGUUAAAUAGAAUCAAAAUGUUUUACAUAAAUAUAUGAGUCUUGAUCUGUCUUAAAAGGUCCAUACCUCUAGGUAAAGUCAUUUUUAAGAUAUACUGCAUAGGAUAUUUUCAAUAUUUUGAUAUUGUUUCAGAAAGGGUGUAUAUAUAAAAUUAUACAGUGCAAUAUUUCAUCAAGAAGUCUACCACAAUGCCUGACCAGAAAUGAGUCAAACAUAAACAUACAUUGCCGUCUCAUUCACCUCAAAAGUAUACUGAGAGGUCAAAGUCGUAUAUAUGAAAUGAUUAGAAUAAGUAUUGUGAGUUUUUUGGUGACUGAUACAGGUCCACUAAGUAAACUCAAAUAUAUAGAGUUUUUUGUACUAUAUAAAUACGUAAUAUCUUCCUCAUUACGGAAUCAUCUCAUGAGAACUUAUUAUUUGGAAAUAUAAAAUGAACACAAAAUAGAAUUCAACACAGAAUAUAACGUAUUCUUUGAACAAUUAUACAAUUACCCGCAAUCAAAUUCAAACAAAGUAAAUAUACCUGUAAAAUAAAAUGAUAAAGUAAUGGAAAUAUCAGUAAAAAUCAAUAAAAAUAACAGUGCUAGUAUGAUUUGAACACUCGCUCCAUAUACAUUUGCUUCUAUAUUUCCACUCUAAGCGCUACACCGCGAAAGUACAUAAAAAGACCUUUAAAUUGCAGUACGUUUUUCAAGGUAUUUAGACCUAGACGUUUUAUAAUCUCUAAACCUGAAUAAAGAAAAUUACGUUUUUGAAAUAGAGUGGGUCUUCUUAUCAAAUUUUUUAUCUGAAAAAAAUGUAGACCUUUUCACUUUCUUUCGUCAUUGGUUCCCUAAAAAAUGAACCAACUCUAUGCGAAAAAUACAUAGAGUUAACACUUAUAUAAUUGUCUAUUAAAUAAAUAAAUAAGUAGAACUAAAAGUUGCUUUGAUAGGCUUUUGAGCUGGUGCACAGACUUUUAACGGGAUAUUUCCCAUAUCACGGGUCAUACAAUUGUAGAAUUUUGCAAUAUUAUAUUGACUUUUAAAGUUAAAAUAAUCUUUGACUUCUCCAACACUUUAAAUAUACUAGUUUUGUUCAUUUUAGGGUUAAUAUAACGUAUAACUAUUCUGAUGUAUCAAAGCGAUAUGUGCCGCAUUUAUGGUUAUUUUCACGAAGUUUGAAACCAGAUAGACCCAAAGUUUGUCAGUACGAUGAGCUGUGUAAAAUAAUAUAUUGUGUCAAAUGCUGCACAUUAUUUAUAAAUGUUAAUUGAGUUUCAAGGUUAUUUAAUGUAAGGAAAAAUGGGAAUUUUCAGAUGUAUAUUUCUAAAUGAUUCACGUUUUAUGAAGAUUGUUGCUCGUGGGCAAGAAACUUAAACAGCAAGGAGAUAGAGGCUUGACAAUUUAUUUGUUUGUAAAAUUAAUUAAAAGGAAAAGUCAUAUGUAAAUAAUUUUAAGUUAUAUCUUCAGAACUUUCCUCACGAAUGAAUAAACUAUAUCAAUAACAAAUAGACUAUAAUUUUUUGAGAAAAUAUAGAACGUCGAAUAAAUACCUGUCUCCGAAUACGUUUGCCCACUACCAGCAUAUCGGUCGCUUUCGGGUCGAUAUGAUGUCUUUUGAAUCUUUUAGAAUAGUCUAAGAAUAGUUAAUACUUCAAGCAUCAAUGUUGAACUACUUGUAGUAAAUCAAAUUAUGAAAUUUUUACUUUUGUAAAAUUAAACCUUCAGCACAGUAAACGCAAAUAUUUUAACAACGUUUAACCAAUAUAAGUAAAGUUUCAGAGUGGUAACUUAUGAGUGUUUACUUUAAACGUUUUACAAUAAGUUACACACAUUUAACUUAUACAAACAAUGUUUAACUCUCAUGAUAGCUAUCCAUCUUUUUCUUUUAGUCAUUCAGUUAUUUUCUGUACAAUCUAUAUUUUGCCAAAAAAAUCUCUAGGUAUUUACUUUCCUUUAUAAAAGUGUAAGGUUUCACCACAAUUCAUAUCUAAAUGGACAUGGUUACGAUUAGAGCUAAACAUUUUUAGAUUUCAUUUAUCUAUUUUUGAUAAUUACACUUAUAAUAGAGUACUUCUAAUGCUCAACCAAAAUUUGGAUGUCAGUUGUAUAUUUCUAAGCAAGAUACAGCGAGACUUCUCAUUUCUUUCUUAUAUAAACCAGGCUCGUUCUAAGUUUUUGUUGAAUACAUAGGACGAAUAUGCAGGUAAAGGUAAUACUGUUUCAAACUUUCUUUCUAUUUGGUAGCUCGUAAUGAACCAAGAUGCACGGUUUCUGGUUUGGUUUUUUUUAAACUGAAUUUAUUUUAAACAUAGUAGUUUCUAUUGCACACUUGGUUUACAUAUUAACACAAAAAACGUGUGCGCUCUGUAAUUUCUCUCUCGCUGUAAUUUACUUUUUGUAUAGAAAUUGGUAUUUUGAUUUAAAUUUAUUAUUAAAAAUUGUAUAGAGGACGACUGAAUGUAUUUGAAAUAAAAUGAUAAAUAAAAAAUGAUCCCAUGUAGGAAUUUAAGAUAAAGAAAAAAGAUUUUGACUUUAAAAUACUUGGGAUCGUUACUUGUUAUUGUGAAAGGAAACAACCAACGAUAAGAAGCAUAGAUUUCCGUCAGAAGGAAGCUUCAUAAUUGACAUUUUCAUUUUUGAUCUACAGACUUUUUCUGGUUUAAAUUAAGAUGCAGACAAAUCUUUUGAAUCAAUGUCAGAAAGAAUAAAUAAAUCCACAAAUAAAAAAAAUGCAAAUUAAGGCAACUUUUUUGCAUGAUAGACAAUUUUUAUAAGUAGAAACCAUGCUAAAAAUCAUGACUAGUAUGUAUGAUUAUAACAAACUUAAAAUAUAUUAGUUGAUGAUUCAGAAUUUUUUUAAUUUAAGUUAACUUAGCUAAUAAGAUGAAUUUUAUGAGACAAAAAGAGGUACAAUCAAAACUAAAAGGCUUGUUGUGCCCAUUUGCUUCUGAGUGAAAUGCAUACAAACUUUUAGAAUAUUUUUGAUUUAGAUAUUUUUUUUUCUUCCCUGCCAUUUUUCGGUAUAUUUAUAAAAUAUACUGCCCUAUUUAAAUCACAUUAUGAUUGAAUUUUACCAAUAAUUGAUUGAACACUUCUUUCAUAUCAUUAGAACCGAUAUAUUAAUUUAGAAUAUAAUAUGAUGGAGAAUACAGACUAGAGGUGAAUUCGAAAAUAAAUAAUUGCCCAAAAGCAGAAAAAAGAACCUCUUAAAUCCUGAGAACUUUAUUCUUAUCAGCGUCAAAUUUUCAUUGUAAGCUAUAUUCCCUAAUAUCUUUUUCGGUUAAGCAUUUAAUUAUUUUUCUGUCCUUCAUUACGACCGUUCUUAAGUGCGGAUUUAGUUUGAUAACUUUGUUUGAAAAAAAAAAAGUGACCGAGCACUGAUACAAAAUUAACCGGAAAAACUAAAAGUGAUGCCAAAAGUUUUACUCACAGAAAAAAGCAUCCUUUUGAAUGUGUGCUCUCUUUCUCAAAAUUCCGAUAGUCUGAUAUCUGAACCAAUAAUGAGGCUAUGUGAUUAGUGUAUUAUGUUUACUUUAUGACUAAAACUAUUUACGAGAAUCAAGUGGAAUAAUAAUCAUUUUAUGAUUUAUUGGAAUGUCAAUUAAAUCCUUGAUAUAAAGAAAGCUUUCUUAAAUCAGUUGGACUCAUUACCACCAUGAGUCAACUUGAAGAUGGGGUCAAAAAUGAUACAAAACUGGGCUUGAGAACUGUCAUAUGGGUGAGAAAUGUAGCUUAAUACAAAAUUUACAAGAUGUCAGAUAAUGUCAUGUUGUAAAUUUUGAAAUGACACCCAAUUAUAAAUUCAAAAUUUAUAACAUGAAAGUACACUUACUAGUAUAUCAAUGCUUCAGCUACAACAGUAUUUCACAUAAACGCAAAUGUACUGCACGUCAUUCAUUUCUGCAUCGACUUUUAGAAAUAAAUCUAAAAUAGUUUUACCCCAAAACGUAAGAAAGAAGUUCAGCAUUUUUAUUUCAUGCUCUCUGUUGAUUUUUAAGAUGACCCAUUAUCUCCGAUUUAAACUGUAGGUAUUUUUAUUUUAGUUUCAUUACAUGUAGAAGGAGCAUAUACAUGUUGUAAUCCUUUAUUUUUCGGAGAGUUUAAAGAGUCUUGGCACAGACAAUGGACAAAUUGUCGUAGAGAUUAUUGUUUCCUAUAUACAUGUAUAUUUCAAAUUUUUUGCAUCAAGAUUUUUUUUAUUUUAUUACUAUACAUUUUAUUACGAGUUUUGUAUUUUUAAGGUCUUCCGUUUCCAACGGAAGACCUUAUUGUUUUCGUACGGUUUCUUCUUAUUAUUUUUUUUCCAAAUUUUGUGCACGAGAUUUUUCGAAUUCUAUUAGACCGAUCUCAACCAUUUUUUCACAGAUGUUUGGGCGUGAUCUUAACUUCUUAUGUUUUUCUUAAUUUGUUCGUAGUCACUUCCGGUACCGAAUUGUCGGCCAUUUUGUAAUUUUUGACGACUCAUUUUGUGCAGCUCUAAACUCGGAAACUAUAAGAGAUAUGAAUAUGAAAUUAUCAGGAUAGGUAGACUAUAGUUUGAAAUUGUGCAGCAUGAAGUUGUUUAAUGCCUGUUGCGCCAUUUCUUGGAGCUCGUCUGGGCACAAACAUUGGGUACGAAUUUUCAUUCAAACUUUUCACACGUUUUGAUUUAUAUCUUUUUAUCAGUUGAUAUUUUGUUAAAACAUAUAUAACAAAAGUGGUAGAGAAUCAAAAGUUCUUUCCAACAAAAUCAAGAAAAAGGGGAUGGCCCCUUAAAUUAGGGGCCAAGGCACUCUUAAACUCUAUCAUAAAUAACUUAAAAACGAUAAAGAUUUUGUAAUGCAUUAUAGAAGCAAAGUUGUUGUUCGUACCUAUAUCUAUUCGAAAAAAUCAUUGCCACGCCCGUUUAUUACGUAAUUAGGGAUUUUUAGGGGCCAAAGUACUUAAACUUUGACGCAAUAUAUCUAGAGAAGUAGACAUAUUUUGUUAGACAUCAUAGAAGAGAAAAUGUUUGAAUUUAUGAUUUAAAUCGUUUCAACUUAUCAAAACACGAAUGUUUGUGCCCAUUAAGGAUCCUAAGGGCUGGCCCCUAAAAUAUUCAAUCAUUAGUAUCUCAAAUGGCCCCUUUUGGGGGGGGGGGGGGGAGAGAGAGACUCGUAAACUCUAUUACAAAUUACAUAAAAACGAUUAAGAUUUCGUAAUGCAUUAUAGAAGCAAAGUUGUUGAUUGUAGCAAUAUCUAUCUGGAAAACUCAUUGCCACACCCAUUUGUUACGUAAUUAGGGAUUUGUAUACAUUAUCUGAAAGUGUGUGUGGGGGGGAGGAUAAUUCUGAAAUUGUAUCGAUUAUUCAUGGUAUGAUUUAAAACAGAAAUCGCAAGGAAGACCUACUCGUUACUCGUAACGAGAUCGUAUCUAGUUGUUUUCAUACUGUUUUCUAUUUUUUUUCCACAUUCUGUGCACGCAAUUUCUCGAAAACUACUCAACCGAUCUCGACAAUUUUUUCACAGAUUAUUGAAAAUUAUCUGAAUUUUAUAUGUUUUUAAAUUUUGUCGUCGUCACUUCCGGUCCGGAUUUACGGUAGAUUUUGUAAUUAUUUUCGACCAAUUUUGUGCAGAGCUGAUCUCAGAAACUAUUAGAGAUAUUACUUUGAAAUUUUCAGGAUAGGUAGACCAUGGUUUGAAGUUGUGCACUAUGUAGUUGUUUUGCACCAGUGGCACUAUUCCUUGGAUGGUACUGAUUUUGAAUCAAAAUUUUUAUACGUUUUGAUCAGUAUGUUUUUAUCGGUUGAUAUUUUGUUAAGACAUAUAGAACAAAAGUAGUAGAGAAUCAAAAGUUCUAUCCAACAAAAUCAAAAAAGAGGGCUGGUCCCUUUUAUUGAGGGGCCAAGAAACUCGUAAAGUCUAUUACGAAUAACUUCAAAAGUCUUUUAGUUUUGAGGAUUGCAAAAUCCUUGCUGUAUUUGAUUAACUUUGUCAAGUUUGUUGACAAUGUUUUGUGAAUGAAUUAACUUUCAAAUUGUGUACACAAUUGUUUUCAUAUUAUUUCCGGCGUUACUUCUAGUUGUCAUCGAAUACCAACCUAAAAUGUCAACUUUUUUUUUCGCAAAUGCUGUUUACGUGUAAUUUUAUUUAUGCAAAAUUAAUUAAAGAAGACACUAAGCAGGUGCUAAAUACAUGCAGAUAAAGUCUUGUUCCGUUGAGAUGUUUUAGUAAAAGCUCUAACUUUCUAAUUUUGUCCAUGUGACAUAUCUGAAACUAUAGAUAAUACAGCAACCAAAUUUCAAUCAAUCAUAGACAUUUACAUGCUGAUUUAAAGAAAUAGAUACAUGUAAUAAUGUGUUUGCCGUCUUCAUUUUAAGUCACCAAGAGGUUUUUUCUUUACUUCUAUUUUAUUGUAUUUUAUAUU